AUGUUGUCCGAGCCACAUCCCCUUUCCUUGUUCUCUCUCUCUUUAUUUUCUCCUUCAUCCCAGACGGCGACGGGGUUCGCAUGGAUGGGAGGUGGAACGCAGAACGCGCCGAUGGACUCGAUUGAUUCGCCGGCUUGGCCGGGUCCACCAAAAAAUGCGGGAGGCAACCCAACAACCAACAACUUCUUGGCCGACCAAGUCUGGCCUAGUGCAAGUAGCGUCUUUGUACCAGAGCGGGUUUCUUAG